UCAGGGCCAGAGGUUGCUGUUAGCCUGGCAGGGCAGGUUUGGGUAACAUGCACGCCCAAAGGCAGCUGGCUAUAGCUGCAGUGAGAGCAGAAGUCAAACGACAUGAGGUAGCCAAGCAGGCUCUAAGCCGCCUCAGGAAACUGACAGAGAGGGUGGGUGACUCGGAACUUCGUGACAGCAUCCGGGCCUCACUGAACAGCAUACAAGAGGCUGUGGUCAAUAGCCAGGAAUGGACUUUGAGCCGCUCCAUUCCUGAACUGCGCCUGGGUGUACUGGGCGAUGCCAGGAGUGGGAAGUCAUCGCUCAUCCAUCGAUUCCUGACUGGUUCAUACCAGGUGCUGGAGAAGACAGAGAGUGAGCAGCACAAGAAAGAGAUGUUGGUGGAUGGACAGACUCAUCUGGUGUUGAUCCGAGAGGAAGCUGGGGCACCUGAUGCCAAGUUCUCAGGCUGGGCAGAUGCUGUGAUCUUGGUCUUCAGCUUGGAGGAUGAGAACAGUUUCCAGGCCGUGAGCCGUCUCCACGGGCAGCUGAGCUCCCUUCGGGGGGAGGGACGAGGAGGUCUGGCGCUGGCAUUGGUGGGGACGCAAGACAGGAUCAGUGCUUCUUCCCCUCGGGUCGUGGGUGAUGCUCGUGCCAGAGCUCUGUGCGCAGACAUGAAACGCUGCAGCUACUACGAGACUUGUGCAACCUACGGGCUCAAUGUGGACCGGGUCUUCCAGGAGGUGGCCCAGAAGGUGGUGACCUUACGCAAACAGCAACAGCUUCUGGCUGCCUGCAAAUCCCUGCCCAGCUCCCCAAGCCACUCAGCUGCUUCCACUCCCGUAGCUGGGCAGGCUAGUAACGGGGGCCACACUAGCGACUACUCUUCUUCCCUCCCGUCCUCACCCAACGUCGGUCACCGCGAGCUCCGAGCUGAGGCAGUGGCAGUGGCUGGAUUGAGCACCCCAGGGUCCCUGCACCGGGCAGCCAAGCGCAGGACCAGCCUGUUUGCGAAUCGCCGGGGCAGUGACUCUGAAAAGCGGAGCUUGGACAGUCGGGGAGAGACAACAGGGAGUGGGCGAGCCAUUCCCAUUAAACAGAGCUUUCUACUAAAGCGAAGUGGCAAUUCCUUGAACAAAGAAUGGAAGAAGAAAUACGUGACCCUGUCCAGUAACGGCUUCCUACUUUACCACCCCAGCAUUAACGACUACAUCCAUAGUACCCACGGCAAGGAGAUGGACUUGCUACGAACAACAGUCAAAGUCCCUGGCAAGCGGCCCCCACGGGCCAUCUCUGCUUUUGGCCCCUCAGCCAGCAUCAAUGGGCUCGUCAAGGACAUGAGCACUGUCCAGAUGGGUGAAGGCCCUGAAGCCACUACUCCCACGCCAAGCUCAAGCCCCAGCCCCAGUUCCCUGCAGCCACCAUCAGACCAGACAUCCAAACACUUGCUGAAGCCAGACCGGAAUUUGGCCCGAGCCCUCAGCACUGACUGUACCCCAUCUGGAGACCUGAGCCCCCUGAGUCGGGAACCUCCUCCUUCUCCCAUGGUGAAGAAGCAGAGGAGGAAAAAAUUGACAACGCCGUCCAAGACUGAAGGCUCCUCUGGGCAGGCCGAAGAGGAAAACUUCGAGUUCUUGAUCGUGUCCAGCACUGGUCAGACGUGGCACUUUGAGGCCGCCAGUUUUGAGGAGCGGGAUGCCUGGGUCCAGGCAAUUGAGAGUCAGAUCCUAGCCAGUCUGCAAUGCUGUGAGAGCAGCAAGGUCAAGCUGCGCACAGACAGCCAAAGCGAAGCCGUGGCUAUCCAGGCGAUCCGGAACGCCAAGGGGAACUGUAUCUGCGUGGACUGCGGGGCUCCCAACCCCACGUGGGCCAGCUUGAACCUGGGCGCGCUCAUCUGCAUCGAGUGCUCCGGCAUUCACCGGAACCUGGGCACGCACCUGUCCCGCGUCCGCUCGCUGGACUUGGACGACUGGCCUCGGGAGCUGACCCUGGUGCUGACGGCAAUUGGCAACGAUAUGGCCAACCGCGUGUGGGAGAGCAACACGCGGGGCCGAGCCAAGCCCACGCGGGACUCCUCGCGGGAGGAGCGUGAGUCAUGGAUUCGCGCCAAGUACGAGCAGCUGCUGUUCCUGGCGCCGCUGGGUUCUCCGGAGGAGCCGCUGGGCCGCCAGCUGUGGGCUGCAGUGCAGGCCCAGGACGUGGCCGCCGUCCUCCUGCUUCUGGCCCACGCGCGACACGGGCCGCUAGACACCAGCGUGGAAGACCCGCAGCUCCGCUCCCCACUGCACCUGGCGGCCGAGCUCGCCCACGUCGUCAUCACGCAGCUGCUGCUGUGGCCCCGCCGCCGGAAGCAGCGCCGCAGCAUGGGCGCGCCGACGCCCCCCGUCGCGCUGGUCUAG